CAAUUAAGUAAGUACUAGGUAAACCAGCGAGCAGUUACAACGAGCUCCGAACCUUCAACUCUCAAUUAGUUCGCCUCGUCGUUAAACAUUCAAUCUCGACGAAAAAACAUACUUCCUUCGUUAUCAACAUCAUCCAUUUGUUGGUAUUCCCGGGUCGCCUCACCAUCGUGGGCCUACCACUCUUUCGUUAGUGUGUCGCUCGUAUCUAUUUAAUUCGUAAAAUUCUUACUUCGACGUAAACCAGCCUUAUCACCAAUCGCCUUACAUCACCUCACACCCAUCCAGGCAAUAGCUUGUCAAGAUGGGACAAAAUCAAUCUGGUAUGGGUGGCCCCGGCCAAGAUGGUCGAGAUGAGAAGGACAAGAAGAAGGAGAAGCCAAAGUACGAACCACCACCUCGCCCAACCACCCGCAUCGGUCGCAAGAAGAGAAAGGCUGCUGGUACUUCGGCUGCCGCCAAGCUUCCCGCAGUCUACCCGACCAGCCGAUGCAAGCUUCGCCUACUUCGAAUGCAACGAAUCCAUGACCAUCUAUUACUCGAAGAAGAAUUUGUCGAGAACCAGGAACGUCUACGAAAAGCGAAGGCUGCCAAGGACAACACUGGCCCGGCACCCGAUCUCGACGCCCCUGAUCGGAUGGCUGACGAGCGUGGCCGAGUCGAUGACAUGCGUGGUAGCCCAAUGGGCGUUGGCACUCUAGAGGAAAUGAUUGAUGACGAUCACGCUAUUGUUUCCAGCACAACUGGUCCCGAAUACUAUGUUAGCAUCAUGAGCUUCGUAGACAAGGAUUUGCUAGAGCCAGGCGCAUCCGUGUUGUUGCAUCACAAGAGCGUUUCUAUUGUCGGCGUUCUUACCGAUGACACGGACCCAGCCGUCAAUGUCAUGAAACUCGACAAGGCCCCAACCGAGUCAUACGCCGACAUUGGUGGUUUGGAACAGCAGAUCCAGGAAGUGAGAGAAUCCGUCGAACUACCCUUAUUACACCCCGAGCUGUACGAAGAGAUGGGUAUCAAGCCACCCAAGGGUGUUAUCCUCUACGGUGCUCCGGGAACCGGAAAGACGCUACUGGCGAAAGCGGUCGCCAACCAAACAUCUGCUACAUUCUUACGUAUUGUUGGAAGUGAGCUGAUCCAGAAGUAUCUUGGUGACGGUCCUCGACUUGUCAGACAGCUUUUCCAGGUCGCUGCAGAGAAUGCGCCCUCGAUUGUGUUUAUCGACGAAAUCGAUGCCAUCGGAACGAAACGAUACGAUUCGACAUCCGGUGGUGAGCGUGAGGUGCAACGAACCAUGUUGGAGCUACUCAAUCAGCUAGACGGCUUUGACGAUCGUGGUGAUGUCAAGGUUAUCAUGGCAACCAACAAGAUCGAGACACUCGACCCCGCAUUGAUUCGACCCGGCCGAAUCGAUCGUAAGAUCCUCUUCGAGAACCCAGACCAGAACACGAAGCGCAAGAUCUUCAACCUUCACACGAGCAAGAUGAGUCUCAACGAGGAUGUUGACCUGGAUGAGUUCAUCAGCCAGAAGGAUGAUUUAUCUGGAGCUGAUAUCAAGGCCAUAUGUUCCGAGGCUGGUUUGAUGGCUCUACGUGAACGUCGUAUGCGGGUGCAGAUGGCCGAUUUCAGGGCGGCGAGAGAGAGAGUUCUUCGUACCAAGCAAGAGGGCGAGCCCGAGGGUCUGUACUUGUAAUAGUAUCACGUAUUGUAUUCUAGGGAUCAUGAAGAGGAGGGAAACCACCGGUGGUGGCGGACGCGCGUCUGCGGGAUACGGGAUGGAAAUAGAUGAUAAUAGGAGACAUUAGCUACUGUUCCCCACCGCCAAAUAUUCUCGUUUUCCCCUUGAGAUAUGGAUUAUUUCCAUCGCUUGUCUUAUUCACAACGCUAUGAUUAUUACGCCAUAACGUUUGGUUUCAUUCUCAUACCUUUUCCUUAGCAGUAUUCGUCAAGAAAAUGAAGCAUAGUGCUGCAUAAUACCAUAUCCCGGAUAUGCCCGACUGCAGCUUCCAUUGCUAGAACAAGAACUUCGCCUCAGAAGCUUCCAGGUUAGCUUAGCUUCAACGUUCCCACUAACUAAGGUGGGUAGGUGCAUACCCAAUCCGUUGGAUAUCAGGCAGGUGGGCGGCGUUGGAUAAGUGUGUAACCAAUUAAUGUCGGUAUUAGAAGCUGCGCCUAUCAAUAUUAUAGCUCAAGUGUGGCGAUGACAUCAGCCCAUAACUUUUUCCCCCCUCCAUCAUUUUCUACUAUUUCCA